AGUCAUUUGACAACUCAAGAGUACUCUAUACUCUCAAUAGCCCGGUGCCAACAAGCUAUCGCAGCAACACACCAACAAGCCAACCAAUUCGGCCAAAAUCCAAAUCUUUUACAUACAAACUUUCUUGUCGAUCUCUAGACAAAAAACAAACUCAAGUCAAAAUGCAGUUCUUCACUAAGCUCGCCACUUUCGCCGCCGCCGCUGCCGCGGUCGUCAACGCCACCAACACUGUCACCUUCGUCAGCCAAGACAGCACCAGUCGCAAGAUUAUCUUCACUCCCAGCAUUGGCCAUGAGGAAAUCAACUCCAUCACUGUUGGCGGUCAGGCUACCGAGACCGUUGAGUUCCCUACUGGGUGGAUCGGCAACUGGUUCGCUCAGUGUGAUGGUUCCUCCAACACCCUGGGCAUGCUGGGUGAGGUCACCUUCCAGGGCUGGAAUGACAUCACCUACUUCGAUGUCUCCGCCAUCGUUGAUUCCAGCGACCACAAUGGUGUCCACAUGAUGUGGCCCGCCAGCGAGAACUCUGCUUCCACCAAGUCCAAAAUGUCCGGCUGCGAGGUCUUCCCUUGCAACACUGCCUACUACCUGGCGGACGAUGUUCAGACUGUUACCACCACCGAGACCGCGUUAUACUGCACUCUCGGCACGCAGACCAGCUCAACCGAGAAGCGUGACACACCUCUUGUCGGUCGCAACUUCGUCCUUGGCAAGCUCUAAAUCAUAUGUCAUCAAGCUCCGUCCUGGCUAUUUUUUUGGCGUUGAGCGCGCUGAGCGCUGCAAACGAUGACGAUCAUGAUGAUUUUAUGGAUUUUUCUAUGCGAAGAUACCCCGUUUCCCUACUUUCUCGGCCCCGCCUAGUGCGUUGAGCAAGGUUACAAUACCACUGUUAGGUUUACGGAACAACAAAAAGACUAUAGACAUGGGAGGUACAGGUGUCUGAAGCGAAGCAACACUGUAUCGACAGAGUCCCGGGGACUUUUGGCGUUCAAGGCGUGCAGGUUUCCCACCUCCACGCAUCCGAGCUUGGGAUCGGAUCAACAUUCAUGUUUCGGUC